AUGUUGCGCGCCGGCGGCCCAGCUGCCCCGGGCGUUUUCCCCUUGGCGUCUCCAAAGCUGGCGCUGCUGCCGCUGGCGCCGCUCGCGCCACGGCCCUACCCGCGGGUGGCCUUCAAGUCUUCGCGGAUCGCUGUGCGCAGCUCGGCACAGGAGGAUCAUCAGCACCGGGAGCGGAAACGCAAGCGCUUGGUGGUGGUUUUUGGGCUCGUGCUCAGCUACUCGUGGUACUACGUGUGUCGCCUGUCCCUGACCUAUGCGGCCCCGGCCAUCGUGAGGGAAGAGGGGUUGGACCUGCGCAGGUUGGGGGCGAUCCUGAGCUGCGGACAGAUCUCGAUCGGCUUCAGCAAGAUCCUCUCCAGCGUGCUGACAGCCGACCUCUCGCCCUCCCGGUGCCUGGUCGUUGGUCUCCUGCUGACGGCUGGCUGCAACGUGCUGGCGUCCCUGGCGCCCGGCGACGGAGCCACCAAGCUGGUGCUGAUCCUGGCAGGUCUGUGGGCCCUCAAUGGUCUCUUCCAGGGCUUGGGGAGUCCUUCCUGUGCCCGCAUCAUCAGUGCCUGGUGCAGCGCCAAGGAGCGCGGCUUCUUCUGGUCGCUGUGGAAUGUGUCCAACAACCUGGGUGGCGCCUUGGCGCCGCUAAUGGUAGGCUUUGGGGCAGCUGCUGGCUGGCGUGGAAGUCUGCUGCUGGCAGGCUUCAGCGCGGCCGUCGUCAGCUUCCUGGUCUUUCUCCUGGUGCACGACUCUCCCAGUGCCGCUGCCGCUGCGAAGGCGGCGAAGGCAGCGAAGGCGGCGAAGGCGAAGGCGCCUGCCGUGCCGGGCUCCGCGGAGGAUCAGCUCAGCGGAGCCUCAUUGUUCUGGAGGGGCUGUCUGCUGCAGCCGGGCAUGGCCAGUUUGGCCAUGGCCAACUUUCUCAUCUACGGCCUGAAGAGCGCACUGAUCUGCUGGUUGGCCUUCUAUGUGCAGUCCUAUGGGCACAAUGCGCUCUCUGCCGCGCCGCGCCUCAGCACUUUUGAGUGUGGUGGGCUGUUUGGCAGCGUGCUGAGUGGUCCCUUGAGCGACCGCUACUGGCAUCUCCGUGGCGGUGAAACGGGAUCCACCGCACCACUGGUGGGGUGUCGGGUGCAGGUGGCUAUGACCUUCGUUCUGUGUGUCAUGGUUCCGUCCGUCUUCACCGUGGUCUUUGCGCCCGGCGGCCGCAUCGGUUAUCCCGCCAUGUUCGCCUUGGGUCUCGGCUUGUACGUGGCUCAGUCCCUCUGCGCCCUGUGCGGCUUGGAAUUGGUGAGCGGCCGCGCUGCCGGGGUGUCGCAAGGUUUGCUGGGCUGGUCUGCUUACACCGGCGCGGCGGCUGCGGGGUUGCCCCUGGGUUGGCUCAUCCAAAGCUCAGGGUGGCAGGUGUGGCGAGUAUUGAUGGCUGGCGGCGCUCUGUUGGUCACUGCCCUGCUCUUGCCGCUGUGGCGCUUACCUUCCAACGAGCAGCGGCACGCCCGGGUGCUUUCUGAGUGA